AUGAAUUACCAUUACUUUAUAAUUAAUAAGUGAUAUUUAAAGAUCUGGGAAGAUAAUUUCUCGUUGUCGGCCAUACUAUGCCUAACGCACCAGAUCCCAUCCGAACUCUGAAGUUAAGCGGCAUAAGGCGAGGUUAGUACUUGGGUGGGGGACCGCCAGGGAAGCCCUCGUGCUGACAGCUAAACAUUUUAUUUUUGCAUGCUCACUAUGCUAAAUAUAAUUCCUAUCCUAUUCUCAACUAAUAGAGUCUUUUAUGAAUAUUUAGAAUUUUUAUUAAUUUUAAAUAUAAUGAUAUAGACUUUCAUAUGAAUUGAAAUUAUGCUAA